AUGGGGAAAAUAAAGAAGAGAGGAACAACUGGUAACGCCAAAAACUUCAUUACCAGAACCCAGGCCGUCAAGAAGCUUCAGGUCUCUUUGGCAGACUUCCGUCGGCUCUGUAUUUUCAAAGGGAUUUAUCCUCGUGAACCAAGAAAUAAAAAGAAGGCCAACAAAGGUUCCACCAAACCGGUCACUUUCUAUUACUCCAAAGAUAUUCAAUACUUGCUCCAUGAACCUAUUUUGAAUAAGUUCCGUGAACACAAGACUUUUGCCAAAAAAUUGAACAAGGCUUUAUCCAAGGGGGAGAUUGGUGAUGCCAAAAGACUCGAUUCCAAUAGAUCCCACUACACAUUAGAUCAUAUCAUCAAGGAACGUUACCCAACCUUCAUCGAUGCCGUUAGAGACAUUGAUGAUGCUCUCAAUAUGAUCUUCUUGUUUGCCAACAUGCCAGCAACUGAUAAAAUCGACACCAAAGUUAUUGAUGAUUGUAAAAAAAUUUCCAAUCAAUGGCACGCAUACGUUAGUGAACAGAAUGCGUUAGAAAAAGUGUUUGUUUCCAUUAAAGGGGUUUACUACAGUGCCAAAGUCCAAGGUCAAGAAGUUAUCUGGUUGUCGCCGUUCAAGUUUCCACAGAACAUCCCAUCCGAUAUCGAUUUCCGUAUCAUGUUGACCUUUUUGGAAUUUUACGUUACUUUACUCAAGUUUGUAUUAUUCAAAUUAUACAAGGAUGCCAACUUGGUAUACCCACCAAAAAUCAACGAAGAAAACUCCAAGAUUUUCAGUGGGUUGAGCAGUUAUGUUUUAGAAUUGAGAAAUUCUAACGAGACUUCUGAUGUGAAGGUUGUUGAUGGUAGAAAUAUUGAAGCUGAAAAAUUGGACGCCGCAGAAAUUUCCAAAGCCUUGAAAGCUGACAAUGAAGAAAAUGCUGAUGUUGAUCAAGACGAAGAUGACAAUAAAUUGGAUGAGUUCGAAUCCACCAACACCAAAUCACAUGCUGAUAAGUUAUUCCAACCAAAGAAUCUUGAUAAAAACGACGUUGACCCAACCAAGAACUUGUUCAAGGGUAUGACUUUCUUUGUUGGUCGUGAAGUCAACAUUGAAUUCCUUGAAUUUGUUUUGCUUUCUUUCAAUGGUAAGGUCUUUAGUGAAAUCAUGCUUGAUGCCAUUCCUCCAGCGGAACGUGAGCAAUUAUUGGCCGAUGUUGUGUUUACUCAUCAAAUCACCGAUCGUCCAGUGGUGAAGAAUAAGAUUCUAGGAAGAACCUAUGUCCAACCUCAAUGGAUUUUCGAUUGUGUUAAUAAACAGAAAUUGUUGCCUGUUAAUGACUACGCUCCAGGUGAAACUUUACCUCCACACUUGUCACCAUGGGGUGAUGCUAGUGGUUACGACCCUGAAGCUAAGAAGGCUACUACUGAAGAAGAAAUGGAAGACGAAGAAGACGAAGACGAAGAUAUCGAAGAAGACGAAGAAGAAGAAGAAGAAGAAGAAGAAGAAGAAGAAGGUGACUUGGAAGCUCAAAAGGAAUUGGAACUUGAAGCUCAAGGUGUUAAAUACAGUGAAGCCAGUAAGACUGAAUCUGAACCAACCAAACCUUCCAAGAAGAGAAAUCAUUCAAACUUGACCAAGGAAGAAAAGGAAGCUGCUGAAGAAAAAGAAAUGAAGAAGAUCAUGAUGAGCAAUAAACAAAGAAAAUUGCACAAGAAGAUGGAAUACAGCAAUAAACAAAAGGACGACAGAAACAAGCAAUUGGCCAGUAAGAAACGGAAACUCGAAAAGGCUAAAAAGAACUUGUCUGGUUAA